AUGGAUAUCUUGGUCUUUACCGAGUGUUGGCUUAAAUCUGCUAUAACAACUCCUCAUCUUGAUGGUUUCGCGUCUUUGGCCACCCGUAAUAAUCCUAUACAAAAUGAUGGAGUCGUUAUUUAUGCAAGGCUAGAUCUUAACUGUAAAAUUUACGAGCCAAUCCUUAGUGAAGCAAAUUGCCUUGUGUGUUACACCAAUGACACGGCUGUUAUAUGUAUUUACCGUUCUCCAUCAUACGCAGACAUCAACAUUUUUUUGAUCAGCCUGGAAAACUUGAUAUCCACGUUGAGCUCCCAUAACAAUAUAGUUUUAAUGGGAGAUAUUAACAUUGACGUUAAGGAUGAUAAUCAUGAUAACCGCUCCCAUGAAUACCUAAAUUCUCUAGCCAUGCUAGGUUUUUUACCAGCUCAUAAUAAGCCGACUCGUUUAGAAAACUGUCUCGAUCAUAUUUUGCUGAAAACCAAGCUGGAUGCAUGUGUUUUAAUUCUUGAAACUGCAAUAACUGACCAUGUACCUACUCUUCUGUUACUAUAUAAAAAGCAUAAAUGGAUACAUCAUGCCGCGAAAACCAAGAAAUAUUUAAACUUUGUGGAAAUCAAACGCGAAUUAGAUAAUUACGACUUUGAAGUCGUUUUGAAAGAAUCAGAUCCUAAUAUUGCAACUAAUAUAUUUAUAGAUAUCGUGGGCUGUAUUAUAAAGAAACAUUCCUCAGUUAAAAUCAUUUCAAGAAAAUUUCGUACAGUCAAACCCUGGAUGACACCCGGUCUCAUCCGAUGCAUCCGAAAUCGUGAUUCUUUGCAUAUAAAGGCUAGAAAGUUGCAGGACAAUAUCACCAUACAAAUUACAUAUAAAAGAUAUCGUAACUUUCUACAAACUUUAUUGAGAAAAGGUAGGUCAGAAUAUGAAAGAUGUGAAUUCCUUAAGGCAAAAAACAAUAUCAAAGAAACAUGGAACGUCAUUAAAAAUAUUACGAACACAAAAAAGAUUAAAGAGUCUGCUAAAGAUCUUUUAAGUUGUCACGGUAGCGCUAAGGCGACGUUAAAUACUAUAAACUCACAUUUCGUUCAAGUCGGCAAAAAGUUGGCCUCCAAAAUAUCAUGGUCCUUAGAUGAUUCUCCUCCCAUGUCAUCUUCAUCUAACAAUAGCACAUUUGUACUAUUACCUGUUGAUGAGCUACAAGUAGAAAAUAUCAUAAACUCUUUGAGGAAUAAUUGCGCCGUUGGAUGGGACGGAAUACAAUCUGACGUUAUUAAAUUACCAUGCAAAGCGUUAACCUCACCUAUAACGCACAUUUGUAAUACCUCAAUUUCAACUGGGCCGGUCCUUUGCGAGACGGACUCAAUUCUUUUUGGUACCGCACUGGCAGUCUGCCGUAUUAUAGGCGCCAAACUUUCCACGGCUGGACGCGCUACUGAACAAAGUCGUGCUAUCCCAGCCUGGAGAAUAAGAAUUGAAGAACGUAUCGCAAAGGCUAUGGCCCUCAUCGUCAGACUGAUAUGCUUCAGGUCAGGCAAUGCCAGGCCAAGAAUUGUGCGCACCGUCAGGAUGGAGUUUGCUGGGACAAAUGUUAGUUUGUCCCAGCCGGAUAUUAUGCAAAAACUGACGGAGCGCAUAGAUGACCAGAAGCAAAGAAUCGCUGCUUGA